AGCAGACCAUGUAUUUUCACCAGUUUUGGUGUCACUUUUUGCCCAUUUAUUGCCAAUUUAUGGUAUUGUUCUUCAAUCUAUUUCUAUUUAUACGAAACCUAACAUUGCAUAAUGGAUCCUGACAUUGAAAUAAUGAUCUUCACUCCCCAUUCAAAGCCAAUUUCACGAAAUAAUACCUCUGUCGAAACGUCCAAAGAGUUCAACAGGAUACUGUUGACAUCUGACAUGGAAAAAGUAGUGCAAAUGUACUGGCAAGAAAGAAUCCAAGCCAAUCCUAGACUUUUCAAUGGGACCAAGUUCAGAUUACAUAGUGUAUUGCAUUCAAAAGAGGCAGUUACCUUGAAUUUAGGAAUCACCUGUUACAAAGACUAUCUUGGUACGAACUGGGGACCUAACGCAAAAGUAUUGCUGAAACAAGGUGUUGAACUUCACAACAAUUCUCAAAGCUUUAUGUCGGAUGCUUUGGGCGUUGGCUCUCUUGUGGUUACUGCUGACAGUUAUGUGAUACUGCUACGGAGGAGUCUGGACCUUGCUGAGGCAUCUGGUCUUUGGGAUGUCCCAGGAGGUCAUGCUGAACCUGAGAUGCUUGUUGGCAAGCGAGCAGCUUGUGAUAUUGAACCUGAGAGCUUGAAUCCCUCUGCUGUGGUGGAUGAAAUAUUCGACUCUGUGCUUAGGGAAAUCAGAGAUGAAGUCAACAUUCCUAUUGAGAAACUGUCGGAUCCGUCCAUCAUGGGGAUAGCAAGGAACACACAGAGUGCUGGAAGACCAAGCAUGGAGUUCAUGGUCCGGUGUAAUUUGACUUCAUCUGAGAUCAUCCAACUUUAUAGCAAAGGGGAUCAUAAAGAGGCUGAUGAAUCUACUUCCAUUAAGAUGCUGUCACUAGGAGAUGUGAAGACACUUCAGGAUGCAACUAUUUGGAAGGAACUGGCUCCAUCUGCUAAGGGAUGCAUUUACUUGUACCAGAAAGUAUUUUCAUAGUCGAAGUGAAGACAUUCCUGGGUCAAAUCAUGAAAGAUAUGUGGCUUGUGUUUGGAAGCAGCCAACACUGAAUCAUGUACAUGUAUAUGUUUGUAGCUCAGGUUGUUUGUAUGGUACAUCUUUCUUAAACAGUGUCAAAAUAAUUGACAAAAUAGUGGUGCACCAGUGUAGUCAUCUAAGCCGUCAUGUCAGACUUCUUGUACUUUAUCAAUGUCUAGCACUUACUUACAUGAUGUAUUAUUGUCAGGGUAAAAAGGGAGAGUUUAGGUUAUGAUCUGUUCUGUUUUAGUACAUUGUAUUGAAUGGGGACUAUUUCUUUCUCUAGGACAAAACUAAUUGUCCUUUUGAUUUUUAUCUUGGGAAGACAUUUUUGAUAAUGAGAGAACAAUGUUAUUUUCAUGUUCAAUAUAAAUGUAUCUACCAGUAUUGUAAAGGUUUACAGUUGAUAUAUUCAUUUC